AGGUGACACCCCCUCCGCCCCGGCUGCUGUGCCACCGCGGUCCCCAGGGAUUCCGUGUUCCUGUGCGGUGCCCCUGCCUGAUGGCCGGGUCUGGAGUCAGCUCCGGGAGAAAAUCACGGUGCUCUUCAAAUCGGGGCAGACGGGGCAAACGGCAGCACCGGGCGCCAGAGCGGCCGCACGCUCCUGCUCUCGGGGGAUAAAAGCUGGGAAACACAUUUUCCCUCCACACCGCCUGCUUUGGAGGCCCGGAGGAGUUUAGUGAGCCCCCAUUCACCUUCAGCCCGCUUCCCUGGAGCCGGGGCCGGGCUCCCCCGGGAAGCCGCAGCCCGGGGCUGGUGCUGGGGGGAGCGAUGGGAUAUUGGCUGCAGGUGUCCUCAGCCUCCAGCAUCGCCCCUUCCCUCCCUCCCCGGUGGCUCUGCCGUGACUGGCGAAGGGCAGCGAGCUGCGGGUGGCUGGAGCAGGAGGGGCUGCACGGUGACAGGGAGAAGGUGCAGAGCCCCAGGGAGCAGCUGGAGCAGAGACACGGCCAUUACCUGCCCCAGCACCCCUGUCCAAGCCUGGGGGACACAUCCGGCGCCUGUCCUGACUGUGCCAGCACCCUGUGAGGAGCCCGUGGUACCACCAUGUCCCAGGCAGGAGAAGCUGAGGAGGCCUUUGAACACCGCGACGUGGUCAUCAACAGCCAGGACAAGGUUUCGGAUGUGUACACGCAGCUGGAGAAGCUGGGGGAGGGGAAAUUCGGGACUGUGUACAGGCUGCAGGAAAAGGCCACGGGCAGAAUCCGGGCUGGGAAAUACUUCCGGACGCGCACGGCCAAGGAGAGGCAGGCGGCGCGGGCCGAGGUGGAGCUGAUGAACCUCCUGCACCACCCACGCCUCGUGCAGUGCCUCGACGCCUUCCAGGAGCCCGCCCGGCUGGUGAUGGUGAUGGAGUACGUGGCAGGUGGGGAGCUCUUUGAGCGCAUCGUGGACGAUGACUUCGAGCACACGGAGCCCAGCAGCGCCCAGUACGUGCGGCAGAUCCUGCAGGGGCUGCAGUUCAUGCACGGCCAGGCCAUCGUCCACCUGGACCUCAAGCCUGAGAACAUCGUCUGCGUCAGCCCCGGCAGCCACUGGGUCAAGAUCAUCGACUUCGGCUUGGCACGGAGGCUGGCUCCAGACACCCCUGUGAAGGUGCUGCACGGCACCCCCGAGUUCAUGGCUCCAGAAGUGGUCGCCUUUGAGCCCGUGAGCCUCUCCACAGACAUGUGGAGUGUUGGCGUCAUCUGCUACAUCCUGCUGAGUGGGGAGUCACCCUUCCAGGGGGACAGUGACAUGGAGACGCUGAGCAACGUCACAGCUGCCCAGUGGGGCUUUGAGGAGGAGACCUUCUCAGAGAUCUCCCAGCAAGCCAAGGACUUCAUCAGCCAGCUGCUGCAGAAGGAGCCCUGCCGGCGGCUCCCCAGUGCAGGGGCUCUGCUGCACCCCUGGCUGCAGCUCCCCCAGCCCAGCAGCCCCAGGGUGCUGUCCAAGGAGAGGAUCAGGCAGUUCCUGGCACGGAGGAAAUGGCAGAAAACAGGCAAAGCCCUGCUGGCUCUCAAGAGGCUGACCCUGCUGUCCCAGAGCCCGGAGGGGAAGGGAUCAGAGGCUCAGGAUGAGGAAGGCCCGGAGAAGGAACAGCCCUCCAGAGCUCUGCCCCAACAAGGUGCCAACCCCUCGGAGCUGCUGCCAGACCAGGAGGAGGAGGAGGAGGAGGAUGGUGGGAGCACUGCAGCCUCAGGGCAGUGACAGCGUGGCCCCGUCACCCCCAUCCUGGACCACCUAGAGAUGGGGAUGGUGCCCCCUCCAGCAGCUCCCAGCGUGACCUGGCCAGCCUGGGGCAGAGCCAGCCCCCCCUGGGAGUGAGCUCUGGGGUCCCUGCCCUGCUGUCCCUGCCCGGUACCUGCCACCAAUAAAGCACUGACACUCUCUGCACUCUGUGCUGCUCCCAUUUCCCCCAAACUCGCUGGGCCAGCUAGGAAAGAGCUGCUCAAGCUGUGCCCACCCUUUGGGAGCUGGCAUCAGCCUCU